GUCACUUUACACAUAUACGCAGUUCAGCUAAAUUGCACCAAGCCAUCGAUUAAGAGUGGGACUUUGUGAUCGGCGCAAGAAAACUGAAAACAAAAUUAUAAAAAAAUAGUUAAAGUGUGGUUUCUCAUAGUGGUAGAGCCGAUUUUGACGACUUUUUCCGUGAGCCGCCCAAGUACCAAGUAGUUCUAUCGAGUAGUGCUGAUUUCUCUUUUGACGUUUUAAGGCCUCUUUGUUUGUUUGCUCUCUCGCGCCCACAGUGCUGAUAAAAUGAUAUUCGUGACCAUGGAUUGUCUUCGACAUUAGCAGGUGCUGAGUUUAGUAAAUUUAGUUUUCUUCUGUGGAAAGUUUUGCAAAAAGAAACAUAUAUAUAUAGACUCCGAGUGCAUUUCCUGAAGAGUGAACCGACAAACUUUGCUUUAACCGCGACCCUUUCAUUCGAGUGACGCUAUCUUGUGCUACUUAUCUUUCCUUUGCCAAAAGUUUCUAAAUUUUGUUCUUUGUUGCGAUUACAUCGAGUGUCGCGAGUGCGUUGUUCUCAUCGCGACAUUUAUCUGUGUCAAAGAAUUUGGUCCGGUUCAAGUGCGACUAAUUAAAGCAUACAAAUAGCCUCGUACUUUAUUGUGCUGCUGUGAAUAACAAUUAUUAGAAUUCUAUUACAAUUUGCGAUUCAGUUGACUUGUUUUCUCUCACAGUUUUUCUGAACUCUACAUCCUAUUUAAUUUGUGAUGUACCCCAAGUGUAACGCUGAAGGAAUCAACGUCGAAUCGUCGAUCAAUUUUGUGCACUCGAAGAGAAAAGGAUUCUUCAUACACAAAAAAAAAAUGCUAAGAGACCCCAUAAGUUUACGAAAUCGUAUAAGUUGUUUUCUUCUUCGUCGUUAUUAAAUAAUCUCGCGCUCAACGCUCUCUGUUUACAAGGAACUUUGGAAAUUGCACGUAGUUUCAAGGCCAAGGAUAUUGCUUCUUUGUAAGGAGUUCUCUUGCACCUUAAUUCUAUAAGUACAAAUUUACCGUCCCAGUGCAAUCUUUAAACAUUGAAAAUAAAGCAUAAACAAACAGCAAAAAUGAAACUGUUGGAAAGCACUCGCUUUGAGGCAAUAAACAAUGCUUUAUCCAUUACAACUGGAGACAGUAAAAUCAUUGGAAGAAUUGAAAGUUACUCCUGUAAAAUGGCUGGAAAUGAUAAGCAACUAUAUAAACGUUUUAAUUCUGAGCAAGGUGUAACACCACAUGAUUUUCAAGCAUUAUCACCACCUCAAACAUCUCUUGGUACAUCUCCAGCUCAGAGCUAUUAUAGUCGUAGUAUUUCUGGAGAUGAGGAAGGUCCCUUAUGUGAUACAAUCAGCAGAAAAACUUUAUUCUACUUAAUUGCAACUUUGAACUCAGCAUUUUAUCCAGACUAUGACUUUUCUGAUGCUAAGAGUCAUGAAUUCAGUAAAGAACCAAGUUUACAAUGGGUUAUGAAUGCUGUAGAUAGUAACUUGAGUGCCACAGCUGGAGAUCAUUAUCGUACAUUGAAAGCUGCACUUUGGGCUACUAUUGAAGAUGAGAUAUCUUUGAAUGAAUGUGAUAUUUACAGCUACAAUCCAGAUUUAGCAUCUGAUCCUUUUGGAGAAGACGGAUGUUUAUGGUCAUUUAACUACUUUUUUUAUAAUAAAAAGCUUAAGAGGAUUGUAUUCUUCACCUGUAGAGCAAUAAACCCGCUUUAUGCCAUGGAUUCAGGCAUUAGUAGUGAUAUUACAAUGGAUGAAGACGAUGACGAUACUUACUAAUCCGUAGAGUUUCUGAUGACUAUUUUGAACUUUAGGAUUUUCACUCUGAAUGUUAUAUUACUUUAAGUACCCUGUAGUAUUGCAAAACAAUUAUCACAUUACAACAGUGUAUUCUUGUUUCUUACUUUUUGAAAGUAGUUUUUUUUCUAUAAGGCAAUAGAAUAGUAAAACUGGGCCUUCACAGGUGAAAAUUAGUAAUGUCAGAUAGAUGAACAUAUAUAAAUAUUUGUAAAGUCUUUUACAAAAUUCUAUAAAGACACUAUUACUAUGUAAUGAAAAAUAUUCCCUGAAUAAUUUCGAUUCUAGUGUUUGUCAAGAUUGCAAUCAAUUUACUCUUGAUUUAAAAUCAAUUGUUGAUUGUACAAAUUCAUCUCUAACGUGUAUUAGAGUUUGCAGAAUUGUAAUUAAAAGAAAAAAAAUUAAAUUCAGUAUCUAACUACUUCGAACAUUGAUGAUACUAUUUGACUUAUGUGAUCAAGAAGAAAAUCAUG